AUGGACAAUGCAAGAAUGAGCUCCUUCCUGGAAUACCCCAUCCUCAGCGGUGGCGACUCGGGGACCUGCUCAGCGCGAGCCUACCCUUCCGACCAUGGAAUUACAACUUUCCAGUCGUGCGCGGUCAGUGCUAACAGCUGUGGCGGCGACGACCGCUUCCUAGUGGGCAGGGGGGUGCAGAUCAGCCCGCCCCACCACCACCACCACCACCACCACCAUCACCCCCAACCGGCCACCUACCAGACUCCCGGGAACCUGGGGGUGUCCUACUCCCAUUCGAGUUGUGGUCCAAGCUAUGGCGCGCAGAACUUCGGCGCGCCUUACAGCCCCUACGCGUUAAAUCAGGAAGCAGAAGUAAGUGGUGGGUACCCCUCGUGCGCUCCCGCUGUUUACUCUGGAAAUCUCUCAUCUCCCAUGGUCCAGCAUCACCACCACCACCAGGGUUAUGCCGGGGGCGCGGUGGGCUCGCCUCAGUACAUUCACCACUCAUAUGGACAAGAGCACCAGAGCCUGGCCCUGGCCACGUAUAAUAACUCCUUGUCCCCUCUCCACGCCAGCCACCAAGAAGCCUGUCGCUCCCCUACAUCAGAGACAUCUUCUCCAGCGCAGACCUUUGACUGGAUGAAAGUCAAAAGAAACCCUCCCAAAACAGGGAAAGUUGGAGAGUAUGGCUACGUGGGUCAACCCAAUGCAGUGCGCACCAACUUCACCACGAAGCAGCUCACUGAGCUGGAAAAGGAGUUCCACUUCAAUAAGUACCUGACGCGUGCCCGCAGGGUGGAGAUUGCCGCGUCCCUACAGCUCAAUGAGACCCAGGUGAAGAUCUGGUUCCAGAACCGCCGGAUGAAGCAGAAGAAACGAGAGAAGGAGGGUCUCUUGCCCAUCUCUCCUGCCACCCCGCCAGGAAGUGAGGAGAAGGCCGAAGAAUCUUCAGAGAAGUCCAGCUCCUCGCCCUGCAUUCCUUCCCCGGGGUCCUCUACCUCAGACACUCUGACUACCUCUCACUGAGGCCGACCAAGCCCCAGACUCCGCAGCCCAGGCUAUUCCGCAGGCUGGGGACUCCUUACGCAAAGCACAUUCUUAGCUUAUCUUCCUUUCCAUUUACAGUCUCUCUCUUCCUUUCUGAUCCUAUCUGGGGAGCUCCUGGCCAGGACAAUGUGUUUCCAGAGAGUCCUGGAGUAGAGGCUUGAUUGGGGUGUGUGUGUGUGUGUGUGUGUGUGUGUGUGUGUGUGUGCGUGUGUGUGUGUGUGUGUGUGUGCUAACUCCUUGAUGCAGAUUGGGUGCCAUAAUCAAUUUUCUGAUGGUCCCCAACACUCCUCCCUACUUUGGAGAUUUCCACAGUCUGUUCCUUUCAGAUGUCCUUUGGAAUAUAGUCUCCUUUGCCAGCAGAAACAUGUUAGAGGGAGGCCUAUCUUUUACCUAUCUGUAUAUUUACAGUUCUCCCCUACUUUGCCCUUAAAGUAGGAUAGAGAGAGAGGAGAGUCCAGGAGCUCAUGAGGAAGAGAGGCACUAUGAGCUUGUUUACACAAUUAAUUCAUCCCUUAAUUUAAUUCAGUUUCAUGUGUGUGAGUUUGCUGGUUGUAAAUACUUUGUCCUGAGAGAUUUAUCUUUAUACAGAUUUUCUAGAAAUGUUUAGAUUAAGUGACUAAAACAGGGUAGGCAACUCUCAAAGCUGGUACAAUUUUAUAUGUUAUGGGUUAAAGAAUAAAAUCG